UAUCCUCCCGUGGGUCAUUGGAUGGUUGAUCAUGAACCUAUUUGGAAUGUAUGGUAUGAUCAUCUCCGCACUGGGAAACAGGCCGAUGUUCGAAUUCCUCGAAAACCCAUGUUCCUUGUCGAUAUUUCUCAUCUCCAGGUCGAUCUUGGUCCGACCGACAGUGCUCUUUUCGAGGAUGAAGACGGCAUGAAAAUCAUGAUUGUAAUCCGUGAUUUCUGCGCCUUGAGUAUGUCCUUUCUCUUUCUUAUGGUGGUUGUAUUCACUAUUGUUGCUUUUCAGAAGGAGGAUGCUGGUUGCAUUGUCAUAUCCGGUUGGUCUGCUGGAUCGCGCUCAAAACCAGCUUUUGACUUCGUUCGCAAUUUCCUAUCACCGAAGUCUGAUGCUGAGAAACAUUCAAUCCGAUAUGAAGCUGCUUCUGCAUUCGCCCUGUUCUGGAACAUGGUUCGCGCGUUAGGUCCAGAAGAGGUUCUCGCGGAUAUUGAUUCUUUCUUGUCUGAAUCCAACAUCUACGGCAUGGAUGCCAACUUACAUGCUGGUGGACCCGAAAAUACAUAUACCGUCCCCAUCAACAAUAUUCCUGUUACCUUCCGUAAUGCUCAAAUGGCUCCUCCUUCAGGUGUAUUUGCUCGUAACUAUGCCCGUGCUGUUCACAAUGAAGUUCAACCACACAAGUGGUCGAUUGCAUGGACUACAUUCCGCGCUUCCAUCAACAAGGAACUAGGUGGCCACUUCUACAAUUGUGACUAUGGUAUUCGAAUUCAGUCUGCUACCAACACUUGUGUGUUCUGGCAGCCUCACCAUUACCACGGUACUAGCCUCCAGGAUGUACCUCCUUCAGAAAAAAGUGGUCCCGUUAUUCAAUCUGGUCUAUCUAUCGUUACUUCAUCUAGGCUUCCUGCAGUGUUUGAAAAAUUUAUUCGCGGCACAGUUUCUGAAACUGAUCUACUU